UGACUUCACGAAUCAAGGCAGGUGAAAUUCCCAGCCGAAACCCACCGGGGUGGAUUAGAUAGCGCGGCGCAGAAAAUGGCGGCUUCCGCUUCUGCUCUCGCUCUCCACCUCCGUAUCCUCCCCUCGCCGCCGGCCGGUGUCCAGCCUCAGCAACGGCGUCUGCGCUCGAGGGUACAAAGGCAGGGUGGUCUAUCUCGAAGAUUUUCGAAAGUCGUGUCCUAUUACGGUCUCACAACUCCGCCAUAUAAUCUGGAUGCUCUGGAACCUUAUAUCAGCAGGAAGACAGUAGAACUUCACUGGGGUAAGCACCAUCAGGAUUAUGUGGAUGCCUUGAAUAAGCAGCUUUCUACCAGCCCGCUGUAUGGAUACACUCUGGAGGAGCUGAUAAAAGAAGCUUACAACAACGGCAAUCCAUUACCAGAGUAUAAUAAUGCAGCACAGGUCUGGAACCAUCACUUCUUCUGGGAAUCAAUGCAACCAGAAGGUGGUGGCUUACCUGAGGGUGGUGUGUUGCAGCAGAUUGAAAAGGAUUUUGGCUCAUUUACUAAUUUCAGGGAAGAGUUUAUUCGCUCAGCCUUACAACUAUUGGGGUCUGGUUGGGUUUGGCUUGUCUUGAAGAGAGAUGAGAGAAAACUUUCAGUAGUUCAUACACGAAAUGCCAUCUCCCCACUUGCUUUUGGCGAUAUUCCAAUCAUCAGCCUAGACUUGUGGGAGCAUGCUUACUACUUAGACUACAAGGAUGAUAGGCGAACAUAUGUUAUAAACUUUAUGGACCAUCUCAUCUCUUGGCAUACUGUCACUCUACGCAUGAUGCGUGCUGAGUCUUUUGUGAACCUUGGUGAGCCAAAUAUCCCAGUGGCAUGAGAUAUGGAUAAGCCUGGUUAUCAUCAUUAGCUAUCCUGUGAAAAUGUUGGGUCAAAUCCUACUGGAGGAAGCUGAGAAUAGCAACAGCUGCAUAGGAGAUGCAUAUUGGAUUCCACCUAAUGUCAUAUACAUGACAAACUUAAUGUUAAUCUGCUUAAAGAUUAGCAGCUGGGUUUUCACCAUUGCCCUUGACUAAUGCUACAAGGUAGUCAGCAUCCAACUCCAACAUAUGCAGAAAAGCAGCUUUAGACACGUAGAAUAUGGAGUACAGGCUAUGAUCCAUUUUCUGCUUUGAAGCCAUGGCACUUUCUCUAGGUGGCUAUGCUUCUGCUUUGAAGCCAUGUCACUUUCUCUAGUGUUGUUAGAAUAGUUUUGACUUAGUUUUCAUGACUUAGCCGUGUCAGCUUCCUGUUGUAGCAAAAUUGAACCAUAUUCUUGUUUUACUGGUUGAGGAAUGCUAAUAAUUUCGAUUCUAGGUGAAUCUUUUGCAUA